AUGAAUGCUGAAAGAACUUUAACACAAAAUGGGGAAAACAAACGAGUGGAGAAAUCAUUUGACAAUCACAAUAUGAGCGAAAAUUUGAAGAAAAAAUCACCGGGAAAAUUGAAGAAAACAAUUGAAGGCGCUGUGAAAAAGACGUCAUUUGGAGAAGACGUUCAGAAGGCAAAGAAGUCGAAGAAGCGUCCGAGAAGACUUCUGGAGGUACAUCCACUUUUAGAGUAUGACAUCAUUUUGGCAUCGAAGUCAUCGCACAUUGCAGCCAACUUGGUGCCGAUUUCCUGGCUUAUCUCGUGA